AAAUAGAAGAAAAUACAAAGCAUUAAACAUGUUAACAACACAAAAGCCAUAUUAAACGCAGACUACUUUAGGCCCGGAAGUAGGAUUCGUCGCGUCAUCACUGAACAACCGGAUUGGCUGUUCGGUGUCCAGACGCUGUAAUCAGGGUUCAGCUGUGUCUAGGCCACAGACACACGGAGCGCUGAGGAUAAGGUAACUAAAAAUGUUGCUGUUCUGUUAAGAACACUUUAGUCCUAAUGAUCUAUAAGUGUCCAGAAGCUCUCGCAGGUAAGCUCAUACAGAAAAAAGGGAAAAAAUCAGCAUAAAAAUCAAUAAAAGAAGCAAAGCAUUUGAAGAGCAAAGAGAGGAAGCCUCCACACUCAUGAAAGGGGCGGAGAAAAUAAGUAUAAAUACUUAUUUAAUAAAAGCUCACAAAAUACCACUAAUAAAAGGCCGGUUAGAAUAAUGUAUUUCCCACAAAUCACUGCCUCUGUUUUUGUCUCUGUCACUGCAGGACCAACGUGGAUCGAGAAGUCAGCGCUCUCAGGAGGCCGACAAUGUCGUUGAAGAAAGAAGUGGAAGAAAAAAAUGCAACCGUGAUGAGUUUGGGAAAGAUUUUACUGUGAAAGCUUCCCUAAAAAUGCAUCAGGUCAUCGACACCGGAGAGAGACCAUUCAGCUGUGGAGACUGUGGAAAGUCUUUUACCACGUCUGGAAGCUUAAAAAAACACCAACUAAUCCACACUGGAGAGAGACCAUUCAGCUGUGGAGACUGUGGAAAGUCUUUUACCACGUCUGGAAACUUAAAAACACACCAACUAAUCCACAGUGGAGAGAGACCGUUCAGCUGUGGAGACUGUGGAAAGUCUUUUACCACGUCUGGAAGCUUAAAAACACACCAACUAAUCCACACUGGAGAGAGACCGUUCAGCUGUGAAGACUGUGGAAAGUCUUUUAUCCACUCUGGACACUUAAAAAGACACCAACUCAUCCACACUGGAGAGAGACCAUUCAGCUGUGGAGACUGUGGAAAGUCUUUUACCACGUCUGGAAGCUUAAAAACACACCAACUAAUCCACACUGGAGAGAGACCGUUCAGCUGUGACGAGUGUGGAAAGUCUUUUACCACGUCUGGAAACUUAAAAUCACACCAACUCAUCCACAGUGGAGUUAAAGCGUACACCUGUGAUCAGUGUGGCAGAGCUUUUACUCAAGGUAACAACUUACAGAGUCAUCUAGUUACCCACUCUGGAAUUAAGGCGUACAGCUGUGACAUUUGUGGAAAAACUUUCAGCCGGAUAGACAGCCGUAACAUUCACCUACGCAUUCACACCAGACAUGAUGUGUACAGCUGUGAUCAGUGUGGUAAACGGUUUACUACAAACACAGAGUUACGACGUCACAUGUUUACCCACACUGAGGAACGACCUUAUAAAUGUGACCUUUGUGAGAAGACUUUUAAAUCUCCACAUUACCUGAAAGCACACCAACAGAUCCACACCAGAAAGACUCUACAAGUGCAGUUACUGUGAGCAGAGCGACACAGAUGGAUCAAGUUCUCAACCCUGUCAUCGCUGUGGGAAAGACUUUUGUUGUGACCUUUGUGGAAAAACUUUAAGUCAUUGAAGGACUCUGAAAAUACAUCAACGUAGACACACUGGAGACAAAAUGAACUACUGUAAAGAAUGCGGGAGAGGCUUCACCACUUCAAAGGACUUCAAACAAUAUGAACUCCUUCACAGUGGCGUUAAAAAGCAUGUCUGCGAUCAGUGUGGGUCAUCCUUCAUCAGUGCACGUCAGCUUGAAAAGCAUAAACGAGUCCACACAUGAGAGAAACCAUACAAGUGCAGACACUGUCACAAAACCUUUUCACAAUCAUGUGAUCAUACUAAGCAUGAACGCAGACACACGAAAGAGAACUUCAUCACGGCGCCCCCCGUGUGCGGCAGCCUGUUACAGCAGCAAUUUUUUAUAACUAACGUAUUAGUAAUUAGAUAACAAAUUUCCCACGUGUGGGACUAAUAAAGGUCUUAUCUAGGAAAGAGUUUGAGUAAUCUCAGUUCAUACUCCACUCAGAAACGAUUCCAUGUUACAAAUAAACUGUUACGUCUUGAUUCCUGCUUUUACGUUAAUCUUGUAAACAGUACAUUUGCAUAACGACUGAAACCGGCCCAAUGAAUGAACAAUGGGCUGUGAGGUCAAUUUCUUCAUCAUUAAUAUGCAAAUUCUUAUGAGCAUUGAUCAACAACCACUGGUCAAUGGCCAUGAGUACCAUUCACAGAGUAAAAAUUUGCAUAAUGAUUAUGAAGUUUACUGUUACCAAUGAUCAAAAACAUUUACUAAAUUAUCUUCUCUGUGCAAACAUCAGCGUGAUGCAGGACUGAAA